AUGUGUUGUCUUGCCUUGGCUGUGUGUGUGCGCGGAGGUUUUGUCGUCGACAGACUCAUUAAAAUACCCACUUCUCGGUACAUAGAAACCCUGCUCCACUUUGUCAAACGUGUGUUUCUGGGCUCCAUUUCUGGAAUGCUGCUGCGGCACAUAUCGCCUCUCCCUCCUGAUGUUAUUAUGAUCAUCGCCUUCCCUGGAGAGAUCCUAAUGAGAAUGCUGAAGAUGCUUAUUUUGCCUCUUGUUGUCUCCAGUCUGGUCACAGGACUUGCUGGUUUGGAUGCUAAAUCCAGCGGUCGCCUAGGCACCAGAGCCAUGGUGUACUACAUGUCGACCACUGUGAUCGCUGCGGUCCUGGGAGUGAUCCUGGUGCUGGUCAUCCACCCAGGUAACCCCAAGAUGAGGGCUGGCCUCGGCCAGGGAAAGAAGAACGGCGAUGUGUCCAGCGUGGACGCUUUCUUUGAUCUCAUCCGAAACCUUUUCCCAGAAAACUUGGUGCAGGCCUGCUUUCAGCAGAUCCAAACGGUAAUCACUAAAGUGCCAGUGCCCACUAACAGAACAAAAGCACCUCCACAGUUCACAGUUAAAAGGACGCUUCAGUUCAAGAGUGGGAUGAACGUCUUGGGUUUGAUCGGAUUCUUUGUCGCGUUUGGUGUUAUUAUGGGAAAAAUGGGAGAAAGGGCUAAGUUGAUGUUGGACUUUUUCAACGUCCUGAAUGAGAUUGUGAUGAGGCUUGUUGGUGCUAUUAUGUGGUACUCCCCUUUUGGUAUUGCCUGCCUCAUCUGUGGAAAGAUCAUCUCCAUUGCGGAUUUGGAGGUGGUUGCUAGGCAGUUGGGGAUGUACAUGGUAACCGUGAUAGUCGGGCUCAUUAUCCAUGGAGGCAUCUUCCUCCCGCUGAUAUAUUUUGUGAUAGUAAGAGAGAACCCCUGGACGUUUUUCAUGGGAAUAUUCCAAGCUUGGGUCACGGCACUUGGAACAGCAUCCAGUGCUGGAACCUUGCCUGUCACGUUCCGAUGCUUAGAGGAGAACCUGGGCAUCGACAAGAGAGUAACUCGCUUUGUACUCCCAGUGGGUGCCACCAUCAACAUGGACGGCACAGCGCUUUAUGAGGCUGUGGCUGCCAUCUUCAUCGCUCAGAUGAAUGGGAUUCACCUCGACUGGGGCCAGAUUGUGACUGUCAGUAUGACAGCCACCCUGGCCAGUGUUGGAGCGGCCAGUAUCCCCAGCGCUGGACUUGUGACCAUGCUUCUGAUCCUCACGGCGGUGGGGCUGCCCACUCAGGACAUCAGCCUCCUGGUUGCUGUCGACUGGCUGCUGGAUCGUUUCCGUACCUCAGUCAAUGUGGUCGGGGACUCCUAUGGAGCGGGCAUUGUGUACCACCUUUCCAAGCACGAGCUUGACCUUUACGAUCAACAGGCCCGGAUGGAAGAAUUUGAGAUGUCAAAGACACAAUCCUUCAUUGAAAAUAACACCAACCAGAAUGUAUACACACACCGCAACUCAGUCUUGAUAGACGACUGCAAGGUCGGCAUGGGCAAAAAUGGCAGGACUGGAGGGUUCUCUCUUGUUGAGGAAGGACCAUGGAAAUGCGAGUAAAGCAGAUCCAGAUGCUGCCACGCCUUACCCUGAGUUCCAGCUUUAAAAAUGAACCAAAAAAAAAAUUACGUAGAAAAGAAAGGGGGAAAAGUUAGCAGAGUCAACUGUACCACAAGAACUAACAGUCAAAUCAAUCAAAUCAAGUUUUAUUUAUAUAGCACAUUUAUAAACGAUUUUUGGUCGAGCCAAAGUGCUGUACAUAAAAUAAAAAUAGCCUACAGUAGAGACACUUUACAGCAAAUACAACAGCACAGAUUGUUCAGAAUAUCAUGAGUAAAACGACACCUUCUAUCCUUAGACGGCCAGUCUCUUCCUUUCAGUUACUCAUCAGGGUAGCUACUGAGCAAACUACAGAUGACUCAGCAACUUGUAUUAUACACAAACUGUAAGGAACUGGUGCAUUUAAUUUCAUUCACUUUGUAAAUAAGAAUAAAUCCUUCGGUUGACAACACAUUACUUGGUGCUGCUGCAAUCCUCUUGUUCUGUCAACAAAAUAAUUCUUCAACCUUGUGCAAAAUCAAUUUUUUCUUUUGUUUUGAAGCAUUUUCUUUGUAGCUUUAAGGGCGGAGCGAUGAAACGUGGAUGAUGGCCUUGUUACCUUUGAUACAAGGACCACUUAAGAGAAAAUACAAAGGUUGGUGUUAUUGACUCAGAACAAAUGUACCAGAUCGGCAUAUUCAUAGUCUGACAGACUUCCUUACUGAAUCGUUGUCAAUAUCAACAUGUUUGUGUAUUUUGUUUUCUCGUGAAAUGUCCAAAUCUGGUCUAAAGGUUCAAAAUAAUGGGAACUGUGUUCAUGAAAAUAGAACAUGAACAGAAUGAAACAGUGCUUCUGUCAUUAUGAGUUAAGUAAUGGUUCAACACUGUGCUACCUAUGACUCUUUGACUUAUGGGAUUACUCCUUGAUGUCACACACAUGGCCAAGCCUAAGAAGCAAAGCUUAGGACUUAAAGCAUAAGAGCAGAGCGUUUGACCUCUAACUGUGGCAACAAACAGCACAGGAUGUGUUGCAGAGAGCUGUAAAGCAGAAAUAGAAAUGUAUGUGAAGGGUGCCCUCACAGUUAUUUAUUUAUUCCAUUUGUAUAUAUGUUCUUUAUGGGUGACGCACUGUGUUUCUGUUUUUAGUCAAGAAGUAUGCCUGUGUACUGGAAUUUCUGUGUUUGUGUGUGUUUCUGAGAGCAAGGGGAAGAUUCUGAAGGAAAGGAAGUCGGAGGGUCAACAAGAGUAAAAGGGGGGUAGGGGGUGUCUCUCAAACUCUCGGCAGGCCAGUGCAUUGCUCUGUGUUUUAUUUCAAACUGUUUAUUUCUUUGCUAAAUGACAACCUUGCCUUGACGAUGUCAACUGCAGAGUGCAGUCAGUGUGAUGACUAACAAUGAAUAACAUUUAUUACUAUUAAUUUCUUUAGAAUAUUGGGACACACAUUUCAAUAGAAGUAAAGUUUUUCCACCUUACAUGCUGGAUUUCCUCACAAGGUAUCAGUGCGAUUUCGCACAUUAUGAUCAAAAGUGCAGAUUUAUAUAUAAAUAACACGCUUGUGUAUACACAGAGUUAUUUAACUGUGGUCAUAACUGUUUAGCAAUGCACACUAAAUUCUGCCUCUGAAUCUGAAGCCGUAACAACAAGGUCAUUGGAUGUCGGCUGAAUAUGUUUUUGAGUUUGACUCCGUGUAGAAACUCUGUUCAAAGUUAAAACAGGUUAUUUAUUUCCCUUUUCAGAUAAGUGACAGCUUAUAUUCAUGUUUAAAGUGCCUCCUUGCACUUUAUAUAUCAUCUUUAGAUAAAGUGUAUAAAUCAAAUGUGUAGGAUUUGACAUUUCAUGUCAAGCAUCAGAAUUGUUUUUGCUAUGCUAAACGUUUCUAUAAAGACUUUAACAAUAUUAUUUAAAACAAUGUAAGUACAAUGUUAAUUUUCAUGUUAUGAGCCACUAGUGGUUAUAAGUUUAGAGUUAUUUAUUUAGAAACAAUGCAUUACAUUUAUUUGUUUUCAAAAUAAACUACUGAUCUCUGAAUGUUUUAGGGGAAGGGAGCCCAAUAUUGCUCUCCUCUUCAAUCAGGGAAUUUUGUUUUUAAGUAUAUAAUGGUCAUCAGCACAUUGAUUCAGUUUUGUGUUGGCAGCUAUACAGUAUGUCACCAUGCUGCUGUGAUACCUUUGCAAGUCAUCCUUUGUUUGGCUCAAGCACUACCUUUCUCACAAAUUGAAGACUCUUCCUAGGAAAUUAUCAUCGUAGCCUGACUUAUGUAAAAUCCAUUAUCUAAUUAUUUGUUACAUCACUUCUGUAGCAUUGUUUCCGGGCCUUGAUCUAAAUGUCCUUAGUUGACUGGCCUAGUGUAGCAUUGUUGUCCAACCCUAACAUGAACAUGGAAUCGUUCAAUCGUUACAAAACAAAACAUAUAUUUUCUAUCUUCCUUUAUGAUUUGAUGCACAUUUCGGUCCAAGAAUGUAUCCAAUAUUUCCCUUGUGUCUGACAUUUAUUGUGAUGCAACAUUUAUUGUAAAUUAGAAUAAGAAGGAUUGAAUGUAACACAAACAAUAUUUGUCUGGCAAAUGGACUGAAAGUGUGUAACUGUUUUAAUACCUGUGUGUAAAUAUUAAUGGAAACAAAUAAAUGUUUAUUGAUUAUAA